AUGAACGCCGAGACCUGCAUUUCACACAGCGAUAUGACAUCCAUGGAUUCAUAUUAUAGCCCCUCUGCAGCGCAAGUUAGGGAUCACCAGACGGACCACUUUAGGACAUUCCCAGCCGCUGACACCAAAUACAGCCCCACUGCCUUCCUGCCCAACAAAGGUCAGGCUUACGGAGAAAAGUCCCGGAGCCCCUUCCAGCAGGAGUGCCAGUCAUUGGAUGCCGCCGCAGCUGGGCAAGGCACUUUCAGCAAAUACCACCUCUUCAUGCAGAGGUCUUUUUGCAAAACACCCACCGAGGAGGGCAAACUGCACCAGGAGAGCGGACACAACGGAGCGCUCAUCCCAUGUUAUGUUAAAGACAGUUCAGGUCUGACAGAUUCUGACUUGGCCCAGGACACCGACCCACCCAGCAUGGAUACCAGCUACCUGUCUGUGAAGGAUCAGGGUGUGAAGGCAGCCUCUGAUAGACCACCAGGCACAGACUUGUCAAGCCCUCUGGACAAGGGUGAUGGCGGCGAAAGCAACAAGGGCAAAAAAAGGCGCAACCGCACAACCUUUACAAGCUACCAGCUGGAAGAGCUGGAGAAGGUUUUCCAGAAGACACACUAUCCCGAUGUUUACGCCCGGGAGCAGCUGGCACUGAGGACUGACCUGACUGAAGCCCGUGUGCAGGUGUGGUUUCAGAACCGAAGAGCAAAAUGGAGGAAACGGGAGCGUUUUGGUCAGAUGCAGCAGGUCAGAACACAUUUCUCAACAGCUUACGAGCUGCCUCUUCUGACGCGUCCUGAGAACUACGCACAGAUUCAGAACCCCUCUUGGAUCGGUGGCAGCAGCGCAGCAUCUCCUGUGCCGGGCUGCGUUGUGCCCUGCGAUACUGUGACCCCCUGUAUGACACCUCACCCCCACUCUGCCAGCGGGAUGUCUGAUUUUCUGGGAAUGCCGAGUCCCGGAGGUCAUGUGGGACAGGCUCACAUGGGCAGCCUGUUUGGAGGGCCUCAUGGUAUGGCUACAGGCAUCAACACGUACGAUCUAAACAUGGACCCUGAUCGCAAGUCCUCCAGUAUCGCCGCUUUGCGCAUGAAAGCCAAAGAGCACAGUGCAGCCAUAUCUUGGGCCACAUGAUGUGCUGAUACCUGCAGGAUGGGGGACCUUGUCGACCCCUGAGAUGUCUACCCAAACCCAGCAUGGGGUGAGGGGGCACUAUAAUCGAAAACUCUAAAAGGCAACAGUGACUACCUUCAUAAAUGUUGCAAUAAAAUAAUUAUUCAAAUACAAGGAUGGGCGAAGAUUACUGCAAGAGAGAACAAGAUUUGGCAAGAUAAGUGGCGUGGCACUGCCAUGUUUCUCAACCCCUCUGGUGGAAAAAAGCAACCACAGUGUGUGGAAAGCCUGGUGGGAGGGGAUGCUGUACUGUAUAACAGGAGUUGUAUUGUAGUUCAGAUGAUGAUGGCUAAGGAAAAUAAUUUCACAUAAAUCCAUGCACUUAUUUGCUAAAAUACAGGAAAUUGUGUUUGUACAGUGCUCUCUUUUCAGGUGCUG